AUGGAGAAAACUACUGAUCUUCCACAACAUAAUCUGGCCUCUCCACCCGUCAAUGGGCGAUCUUCCUGGAAAACACGGUGCGCUCUUGGCGUCAUCGCCGGUGGACUGAUCUUCUGGGACGUCCUCGCCUGUUAUGCCCACCCUCACACCUACCACGACCCCGUCGAGGAGGUACUGCAUCUGCAGCCAUUGACAGAUGGUCACAACGAUUUCCCCGAAUUCAUCCGUUAUUUCUACCACAACCACAUCUACCAGAGCAAUUUCUCUGACCAAAUCGCGCUCCCCGGUCACGUCGACUUUCCGCGUCUAGCUAAGGGUGGCGUUCGCGGUCAGUUCUGGAGUGUCUAUGUAGCAUGCCAUGAUUCUCCCCCCGAACCAGACUACGAGUACGUCCACGAUACCCUCCAACAAAUUGACCUCGUGCACCGCCUCGCAUCCCUCUACCCUGGAUACCUGGAGAUUGUGCCCGACACCACCGCUUUCCGACACACUUUCGAAUCAUCCCCGACGAAAAUAGCCUCCUUCCUCGGCGUCGAGGGUCUGCACCAGAUCGGCUCCAGCGCAUCUACCCUCCGCCUCUACCACUCCCUCGGAGCGCGCUAUGUGACCCUAACUCACAUGUGCCACAAUGAAUACGCGGAUAGCGCGACCCCGUCUAAGCCGCGACACAACGGUCUCUCGGCAAAAGGCCGCGAUAUGGUCCUUGAAAUGAACCGGCUCGGCAUGGCCGUGGACAUCUCACAUGUCAGCGCGAAGACAAUGCAUGAUGCGCUAGAUACAUCCAAAGCACCGGUGAUCUUCUCCCAUUCCUCCGUGUAUGCACUCUGUCCCCAUGAACGAAAUGUUCCCGACGACGUCCUCCUUCGUCUUGCGGAGAAUGGAGGUGUGAUUAUGAUCACCUUUCUUGAUGAAUACACCCGCUGCGACAAUCCUUUGGCUGCUACGUUGUCUGAUGUGGCGGAUCAUAUCCAGUACGUUGGAGAGUUGAUUGGGUAUGAAUAUGUCGGGUUAGGGUCGGACUUUGACGGUAUGGUCACAACGAUACAAGGCCUAGAGGACGUGAGCAAAUACCCGGAUUUGAUCAAGGAGCUGUUGGAUCGCGGUGUUAGUGUGAAGGAUGCUGCGGGAAUUAUUGGUGGAAAUAUCCUGAGGGUUAUGGGUGAGAUUGAACGCGUGGCGAGGGAGAUGAACGAGGAGGGUAUCACGCCUUUAGAGGAUGAUGUGCCGUCUCCCACUGAAAUGCUCUAAACUGCACAACAUAACUGCUAAGCCUUGGUCAGGCUAACAAUGCCAGUAAAGUGGUUCUAGUAUAGACAACUACCUCCGAUAGCUUUGCUAACAAACAACCGGUCUUCCCA